ACUGGUGCUUUCUCCUCUGACUGAGUCCUCCGGGGCGUUAGAUACAGGGAUCACUUGGUGAAGGGAUCGGGGCAGUGCUAAUAACUCACUCUUCGGGAAGGCAGAGCGUGGCUGAUGAGACAUAGGGUGCACUAUCCACAUCAAACCGAAUCAAAACUUUCCGACUCCUCUGUGCAAACUUGAAAGUGCCUGUGCUGUUUGUGCUACCGCUUAAAUGUCUGGAGAGGUGACAGAUCCCUUUUGAAACACCAGCAGCCUUUUGUGUUACGUUGAAUCUAACAAACAGGAGCGUACACAGUGACUGUCACAUGAGUUCCCCAAGGAUAAUGGACCCUAAGAUGCGAGAGACUGAAGGAGAUGGAGAGGACAAUUCAGGAAAGAAGAAAUCAAAGUUCAAGUCUUUCAAAAAGUUUUUUGGUAAGAAGAAAAGGAAAGAGUCAUCUUCUGGGAGCAGCACUCUGAAGUUGUUCCAGUCAACAAGUGAUGUUGCAGCCUCUCAUAACAUGCACGUUAAUUAUGAUUCUGAAGAUGAACUUGAGACACAUAAAGGCGUUAUGGGGAGCAGAGCUUUGUCACAUGAUAGCAUUUUCAUCCCUGAGACUGGUCAAGAGCCUGCAAGGCCAGUAAGAGUGUUCUCUCAAGAAAACAUUUCUGAUCGGAUUAGAGCUUUACAGCUGAAACUUCAGCCUACCAUGAAAUUGGGACCUCCACCUCCAUUCAGACUUCAUGCCAAGCGAACAGAGGAUGCUGGGACCAGUUCUGAAGAUGAUGGAUUACCCAGAAGCCCUCCAGAAAUGUCUUUGCUUCAUGAAAACCUAAAUUCAGGCAUUAGAACACGAUUCUCUGACUUUCACAAGCACCUUAGCUCUUUGAGUUUAGCUGGAACAGGCAGUGAAGAAGAAGAACAGGUUACAUUGAGUCCUUCUUCUAGAUCUCAUUCUACAGAUGGUCAGCCGUUCCCUAGGCACAGAAGUGCCAAAACUGGAGCUGCGCGGAUAUCUGACAGUACCACCUUGCCUACAGCCAAUUUUGACACUCCACCUGAGCUUUCCUCUUGCUUGGAUAAUUCUGCUGCUAGACAUAAGCUCUUAAUAAAACCUCGGAACCAGAGAUCCAGUAAAAUGAGAAAAGUUUCUCAGAGGACCCAGUCUGAAUCCCUGACUGAUUUGAGCUGUACCCCAGAAGAAGAAGAAGAGGAUGAUGAACAGACAGACUUGUCAGAUGCUGUAUUCAAACCAAGCAAUCAAGAACUGCCAUGUGGCACAGCUGCAGCGCAGGAUGUGGCUUCCUGGCCAAAGCCCAGAAUGCCUGAGGACCUUCCCCCUGCUUUGAGACCAGUGAUGACUCAGCCUGCUUCUGGGUCUGCUGUUGUACAGGAAGCCCUGCUACCAGAGCAUAAGCCGGAGGGCUGCCAACCAACACUGGAAACAACGUGUGUGAAGUCUGAGUCCUCACUGCUGUUAGAACGCAAAGACUAUGCAACUUCUUCCUACUCCAGUCCAGACAGAGAUAUACAAAAGCAAGGAGAUUCCUCAGAAACACUGGUUUUGUUGUCUGGGGAUGUGAACGAUGUGUCAAUCAAUAUUUUAAAUCAAGAAAAUAAGGAGCUUCCUACUGUGUUUUCAGUAAAUAAAAUACCGUCUGAAGAAGAUGUUUCAAUCAGUAAGAACAGUAUUCUUUGCUUAGAAGGGUCAGAAGAAAAUACCCAGAAGGAUGAUCAGGUAGCUGGGGAAAUGCCCUGUAAUAAAGAGGCAAAGAUAGAGGUUGCUCUAUUGUCAGAGUCUAGCAAGCAGUUUUCUACAGGUUCUUUCCAGCCCACAGACUCACUCCAUGUUUCACAUCCUGCUUCCUCAACGCGGAUGGGAUCAUCUGCUUCCUGCUCUCUAGAGAAAACAAAGACUGCACGAGAGGUAGCUGGUAAGGAGAACAGUCAGUCACUGGUCCACAAGGAGGAACUUUUGGGCAAGAAAGCUGAAAAAGCAGCCAAUGAACUCAAUGCCUUGAGAAAGUUUUCUGUUUCCUCUGCACGGGAGAGACCAGGGACCAGAACCCUGCACUUCCCAGAAAGAUCAGAGUUGGAAAGCCCAUUAAAUACUGGAUUCUUCCUGUCCAAAUUGAAGGUCUUGAGAAAUGAGAGGAAGAAUGAAGACUUGCAGAAGGGAUCAGAUCUGGAGGGUGAAAAAAGAAGCAACAAAAAGCAGCCUUUGCUGCCAGAGUCUGACUCUGAGAACUCAGGCCAACCUACAGAAAUCUUGGCUGGCUGCAUUUCUCCAGCUGUCGAUACGGUGCCGGUGCCAAGCGAUUCGACGGCAGUAUCUCAGAAUCAGCCAAGCUCUGAAGAUAAAAAUCCUUUUCAAGUGAAACUUAGAUGCACAUCACUGUCCUUGAAAUAUAGAGACAACUCGUCACCAGAAUCAAAGGGGAUUAAAAGACACAGUGCAGAGUUUAAUUUAGAAAAUGAGGGAUUGACUUCCUUUCUGAAAGGUGAUAAGGCACAGAUCAGAAAACCAGCUGAUACAAAUAUUGGCGAUUCUUUAAAUGAAAAGAUCAAACCCAAAGCAAAGUCCUCUGAACAGCUUAGUAAUAAACCUCCGUUGCCUAAAAAGCCGGCCUUGCAAAACGUAAACGUUCCAAAUACUACUGCAAACAAGGAGAAGCAGGACAAAGCUAUUCACUCUCCUGAAUCCAGAAAUGAACAUAGAGACUUGGAGAAAAAGUCAAAUCCUUGUAAAGUGCUUGAUGUACGGCAAGAGGAACCACUCUUUGCAGUCCCUGCAGGCAUAAGAUAUUCAUUUGCAGAGAGAAGCAUGCCUUCCCCUGUGGCUGCUGGAGACUCUGGAAGAGAUCCCGGCACUCCCACAGAGCCAGCCUGGAUUUCCAUAGCAAGGCAAAAGCAAAGGGGCAUGCAGCAGGAGCAGGAACCCGACAGAGAAAAACUGGUGGCUGUGGAUAUGAAGUCAGAUACAGAGAAACAGAAUAAAGAGAAGGAACGAACAGAGGGGUCAGUGAAGCAGCAAUGGAGCAAACCUUCACACCUGGCACCUAAAACCACUUCUGAAGAACAGAGGAAAGAGACAAAGCCCGAAGUGAAGGAGCCCCUGCUGAGAACCAGUUCACUGUCACAUUAUGUCACUGUAGCUCCAUCACCAGCACCGUUGGAUAAAGAGGAAAUAAGCCCCUUGAAGAAAGCCAGUAAUGCUGCUCCGGAUCAGCCAUCAUGGAUGGAACUGGCCAAAAAGAAAUCACAAGCUUGGAGUGACAUGCCACAGAUUAUAAAGUAGAACGAUGCAAGCAAAUAGCAUCUUUCAGAAUUAAGUCAGCUACUUAACUGAACUUCAACAGACCAGCUAAUCACAGUGGAGAGUCUUUUGAUACAUGAGAAGGGUUUUAUUGUACAGCUGUGGAGAAAGUGUGCAAUAGGUGCAGUCAAAAAGUUUACCCUCAACUUUGUAGCAAUCAGGAUUGCAAUGGCAAUGGAUUACUUAAAUUAUGCUAAGGACAUACUCACACUUUGGAAAAUAAAACUUUUGCCUCACGUAUUUCCUGCAUUUUCUGCCGUUAAUGGUGUUUGCAGCAAACUAGGAUCUUUGCUAACCUUCUCUGAAUUUCUGUUAUUGGAAACUUCUAUUUGUUACGGUUUUCUCUGUUUACAUUUAUAAAGUGUGCACUAACAUCCUGA